GAAAAAUUCCAGGAAAAAACAACUUUCUGUUAACUUAGUUCUUGCAUUUUGUUACACUCCACAUCUUUGUAUGAAAUUCUGAAGUUCUUAUGCCAACUCCAUAUAGCUAGACAGCCUAGAAACUGGCCUUUAGCUCCAAAAAAACAGCAGGGAAGCUUGAACUAGGAUUGUUGCUGAAAGCCAUCCAUAUUGUAUUUACUGAUCGUUAGUAAAAUGCACUUCACGUAUAAAAACCUAUUUUUCUUCCCACAGAAUGCUGGGGAAUAUAGCCUACUAGAGAUUCUGUGUUGGAUUAGAGGGAAAUUGAAUUCCUCUCAUAACUGCUUCCCUGGUGUGUUGUCUCGUAUCCUAAUUAUCUGAAGGCAGACAGAUUCUGAGAUGCUUUUUACAUUUGAAUGCAGUUGGCAAUGCAUAAAACAUCUCUAGAAACUGCCUUGUGUUCACAAAUCUCUUCUUGAGAUCAUUUGGUGCAAUUUUUUGGCAUAAGAUUUUCCAUUACAGAAGACUUUUAUUUCCAUUUCCUUCUCAUCAGGAGCUUUCCCAACAUAGAAUUGACCGUGUAUGGAUUGAUAGUUUAAAGAUUAGGCUCUUACUUCGGGACCCUCUCGGAAACCAUCCAUGGCUAUUGGAUCUAGUUUAUGUCCCAGAGUGUUUCUCAAUUACGCUUUAAUAUACAGCUUUGUAGUGGCAUCAUAUUUCAGACUCAGAAGAUAAGUGAGCAAAUCAUCUCAGCAGCUCAGUGGGCUGGGGCAGCUAGGGACUGUUAUUCCCUCAGGAGUGUGCAUGUUUGCUCGUGGCAUGUGGAAGGGGCUACGUGUGGCUGAGUAGCAGCUGCUCUGGAGUUAAGGCUGUAAGUUUGCAUUCUUGCUCGUUCUCCUGUAAGCUUUGAAACCUUCUGUGUGAAGUGGUCUGGUAAUUGGUAACAGUCACAUAUUGAGGAAGUCACCACUGCCAACUAGGAUAUGACACUGAAUUGUGCAUCAGGGAAAUUAAUCUGUUCUUAGGGGUUGAAUUACCCUGCUACAUCACAGUGGGUUUUUAGCCCGUUUCUUGAUGAAGAUGGCAGCUAACAAUGCAGUGCUGAACAGACUGGAGCAGAAGGGUGCAGAGGCUGAUCAAGUUAUUGAAUAUCUCAAACAGCAAAUUGCCCUGCUCAAGGAGAAAGCUAUCUUGCAGGCAUCUCUCCGAGAAGAGAAAAAGCUCCGUGUGGAAAAUGCAAAACUGAAGAAAGAAAUUGAAGGACUGAAACAGGAGCUAAUUCAGGCUGAAAUUCGAAAUGGAGUAAAACAGGUUGCAGUUCCUUCUGGUACAACUGUGUCUACAGCUUCAUUUUCAGAAGAUGUUCCACAACCCACAGCAGUUGCGUCAUCUGGUUCCAAAGAUCACAUUAAAGGUGAAGAUGAAGAAAAGAAAAAGAAGGAAAAAGUAGAAAAAAAAGGUGAUAAGAAGGAGAAGAAACAGCAGCCAGCUGCUGGAAGUAGUGAUUCAAAACCUGUAGAUGUGUCUCGCCUGGAUCUUCGUGUCGGCUGCAUUAUUAGUGCUGAAAAGCACCCAGAUGCAGACUCGUUGUAUGUUGAAAAGGUGGAUGUUGGAGAAGCGAGCCCAAGGACCGUUGUCAGUGGUUUAGUGAAAUAUGUUCCCCUGGAUCAGAUGCAGAAUCGGAUGGCAGUACUGCUCUGUAACUUGAAGCCUGCAAAGAUGAGAGGAGUAGUAUCUCAAGCAAUGGUGAUGUGUGCCAGCUCCCCAGAAAAAGUGGAAAUUCUGGCUCCCCCACCCGGAGCGGUAGCUGGAGACAGAAUCACUUUUGAAGGUUUUCCAGGAGAUCCUGAGAAGGAACUUAAUCCCAAGAAGAAGAUUUGGGAGCAAAUCCAACCUGAUCUCCAUACCAAUGACCAGUGUGUGGCUACAUACAAAGGAGUUCCAUUUGAAGUGAAAGGAAAAGGAGUCUGCAGGGCAGAGACCAUGGCAAACAGCGGAAUUAAAUAAAUGGUUGUUAGCUGCUUAUUCAGAUGUUGAAAUGGAAAGUAAUGCGAGCACAAUAAAAAACAUGAAUAUAUAA